GCAGCGGCAGCAGCAGCAGCGCCAGCCGGAGAAGGCGGAGAAGGAAGGAGUAGGAGGAGGAGGGGGAGGGCUGUUAAGGGGCAGGGGCGUUAGCUGCGUCCUGCUCUGGAACAGGGAGGAGGAAGCCGCCUCUGUCCCCGCCGCCGCCGCAUUGCUACCACUGAGACAAGCCAUGAACCGCGCUUCUCGGCGGCCUCCCCGUGGCCCCACCGACGACCCUCCCAUCUUGGAGGACAGCCGCCUCCUGUGAGUCCAGCUCGGAGCGCCCUCGCCUAGCCUCAUCAGCUCUCCCGCCUGCCCAAGGACCCCAAGAAUCAUGAUUCCAGUAACGGAAUUCAGGCAAUUUUCUGAACAGCAGCCUGCAUUCCGAGUACUCAAACCUUGGUGGGAUGUGUUUACAGAAUAUCUCUCUGUAGUCAUGCUAAUGAUCGGUGUGUUUGGCUGUACCUUACAAGUUAUGCAAGACAAGAUAAUCUGCCUCCCCAAAACCACGCAGCCAUCCCAGAACCACUCUUCCCUUCCCAACACAUCUCACAGCAUGGACACAACAACACCACUGCCUCCACCGCAACCAUCUACCAGCCCUGCAACUGUGGAAAUGAAGGGACGAAAGACUGACUUGGACCUUCAGCAGUACAGUUUUAUAAACCAGAUAUGCUAUGAGAAGGCCCUCCACUGGUAUGCCAAGUACUUUCCUUACCUCGUCCUCAUUCACACCCUCAUCUUCAUGCUUUGCAGUAACUUUUGGUUCAAGUUCCCUGGCUCCAGUUCAAAGAUAGAACACUUCAUUUCCAUCCUGGGGAAGUGUUUCGACUCUCCUUGGACCACCAGGGCUUUAUCUGAGGUGUCUGGGGAGGAUUCUGAAGAAAAGGACAACAGGAAAAAUAACUUACAAAAAGCAUCGUAUCCCUCCCAGACAGCUCCCGAUAACACCUUGGUCAAAUCUCAAUCAUUGAAGUCCAUACCUGAGAAGUUUGUGGUUGACAAGACUUCUGCUGGGGCUCUGGAUAAGAAGGAAGGUGAGCAAGCCAAGGCCCUAUUUGAAAAAGUAAAGAAGUUCAGGAUGCACGUUGAGGAGGGUGACAUCCUUUACAGCAUGUACGUCCGGCAGACUGUCCUCAAAGUGAUCAAAUUCCUGAUCAUCAUUGGGUACAAUAGCGCCCUGGUUCCCAAAGUCCAGUUUACAGUCAGCUGUGACAUUGACAUUCAGGACAUGACUGGCUAUAAACACUUCUCCUGCAAUCACACCAUGGCACACUUAUUCUCAAAACUUUCCUUUUGCUAUUUAUGUUUUGUAAGCAUCUACGGACUAACGUGCCUUUACACUUUAUAUUGGCUGUUCUACCGGUCCCUAAAGGAAUAUUCUUUCGAGUAUGUCAGGCAGGAGACGGGAAUUGAUGAUAUACCAGAUGUAAAAAAUGACUUUGCUUUUCUGCUGCACAUGAUCGAUCAAUAUGACCCUCUCUACUCUAAGAGGUUUGCCGUGUUCCUGUCCGAAGUCAGUGAAAACAAAUUGAAACAAUUGAACCUAAAUAAUGAGUGGACAGUGGAUAAACUGAGGCAGAAGCUACAGAUGAAUGCCCAGAACCGCCUGGAGUUGCCCUUGAUCAUGCUCUCCGGCCUCCCAGACACCGUUUUUGAUAUCACCGAACUGCAGUCUUUGAAACUUGAAAUCAUCCAGAAUGUCAUGAUCCCAGCCACCAUCGCCCAACUCAGCAAUCUCCAAGAGCUCUCGUUACACCAGUGCUCUGUCAAAAUCCACAGCGCUGCUUUGAGCUUCCUGAAGGAAAACCUGAAGAUCUUGAGUGUCAAAUUCGACGACUUGCGGGAGUUGCCCCCUUGGAUGUACAGCCUCAGGAACCUGGAAGAGCUCUACCUGUAUGGCUCUCUGGGUCAUGACAUCUCCAGGAACAUCACUCUCGAAUCCCUGCGGGAACUCAAAAACCUGAAAGUCCUCUUACUCAAAAGCAACAUCUCCAAAAUCCCUCAAGCGGUCGUGGAUGUUUCCAGCCACCUACAGAAGAUGUUCAUCCACAACAAUGGUACCAAGCUCGUCAUGCUCAACAACCUAAAGAAAAUGAUCAACUUGACGGAGCUGGAGCUGGUCCACUGUGAUCUGGAGCGGAUCCCCCAUGCCAUCUUCAGCCUGCUCAGCCUCCAGGAGCUAGACUUGAAGGAAAACAACCUCAAGUCCAUAGAAGAAAUCAUGAGCUUUCAACAUCUGCGGAAGUUGACAGUCCUCAAACUGUGGCAUAACAGCAUCACCUACAUCCCUGAGCAUAUCAAGAAGCUCACCAGCCUGGAGCGCCUAACUUUUAGUUACAAUAAAAUAGAGGUGCUGCCUUCUCACCUCUUCCUAUGCAACAAAAUCAGACACUUAGAUCUGUCUUUCAAUGACAUUCGGUUUAUCCCGCCGGAAAUAGGAGUGCUGCAGAGUUUACAGUAUUUUUCCAUCACUUCUAACAAAGUGGAGAGCCUCCCCGAUGAACUGUAUUUCUGUAAGAAACUGAAGACUUUGAAGAUUGGGAAAAAUAACUUAUCAGUCCUUUCACCCAAAAUCGGGAACUUGGCAUUCCUCACCUCUUUGGAGGUCAAAGGCAAUCAAUUUGAGGUCCUCCCUCCAGAACUUGGUGACUGCCGGGCCCUGAAGCGAUCUGGCUUUGUUGUGGAAGAUGCACUGUUUGAAACGCUCCCUUCUGAUAUUCGGGAGCAAAUGAAAGCGGAAUAACUUAUUUUUCUUCAAAGUCUGACUGAAACAUGCUUCUACCAAAUACAUUAUAAAUAAUUAGGUAGUCUAAUGCCUUUACUAUUUUUUUUUCUUUUUCACACAAAACAAAAUGUACAGACAGAUUUGAAGUAAGGAGUACCUAUAUUUUUAAUAAAAAUUUACUUGUAUUUUUUCAAUGUUAAUAUUUUAAAAUUUUAUUUGUCCUGGAAAAUAAUGUCCCUUUAUUAUUGUUUUGUACUGGCAAAAACAGUUCCAUCUGCUGUUUGUUGUUUUUUUUUUUAAUUUUUGCUUUUGUUCUAAGUUCAGUUUAUUCUCAAGGAAAGGAGGCAGUUCAGAAAUGCACCAUGUUGUGGAUUAUUUGCAAUAGAUGAAGGUAUUUGGCUGAGAGCAAAUAAUAGGUCCAAGGUCUUUCGGUUGUUUGAUGUAUCAAGUAGUCUUGCAAGGAAUGCAGGUCAUUUUCCUCUUACCAUCUGGCUUUUCCAUUAAUAGGAUUCAUUGAUUCUCUUUCUUUAAAGAAUUGGAAAAAAAGAAUAAAGAAUUAGAAAGAAUUAAGAACCAAAUUCAUUGGUUCUCUUUCUCCUCAGAUGAAACUGAAGUCAGUGAGCCCAGUAGCAAGAGGUGCACAGAUAUAAAGUUGCCAUUAAGUUCUCACCACCCCCUGCAACCCCAAACAGUGUUGGUGGUGGGAUUGCAGGAGAAUUGCAAUUACUGCCUUUGAAUGGUAAAGGGUUGUUAGUGAAAGAGGAAAGCUAUCUUCAGUUACUGGUGUCAUAGGGUUGAAUGGAUUUGCACUUUUUGAAAAUUAUUUUUAGAAAUCAGAUUUUCAAAUGAAAUUCUCAGUGGUUUGUUUAUCAUUUGGAUCUUGAUACUGCUGUGUGGCACUGGUAAACAACCUUUGAUAGAUUCCAUUUUUUUUAAAUAUACUAACUGGUAAUGGAAUUAAAAAUCAUGAAAUUAGAAGCCUGCUUUUUCAGUAACUCAAUCAUCUGUAAAAUCUUAAUAUGUGGGUGCAUUAGGUAGGACAUUUGACCUACUAUGCUCAAUAGCCAGUGAACUCGACUGUUUUUUCCUUCCUUUUGGGCAGUAUGGCCAUUGUAAUUUAUUUAAGUUUUGCCAGUUGCCCCCAAAUAAAUGAAAGGUUAUAAAACAUUCUGUUUAUAUAUUAAUCAAUUUCCCUCUAAACCUUUCUUUCCUGUGAACAUACUGACAGCUGCUGGUUUUUCAGGAACAAGAAAUCUAUCUGCUAUGCUUGACUUUAAGUAGGGUCAUGUCCUAAAUGAGUCUAUUACUUUUUUCUUUUAAGUGUGAAUAUAAAUUGUUAAGUGGUUUUCACUUAGCAGAUUUUGCCUGAUGGUCAAUAUUGGUCCUAUCUAUUCUUGCACUUAGCAAUGCAGAAAUAUUUGGAUCUCUGUGUGAAAAGUGUCGAUGGACUCUUAAGCUUUGUGAUAAGAAGAUACAAAAAUAGUGUUUGCAUAUAUCGUGAUUGGUCAUGAGACUUUUGUCAUAGUACCAAAUUCUUAUUGCACUGAGCACUCAUUAGUCCAAUAGAACUUCUCCUUCAUCAAAGUCAAAGAGGAAAGUGAUGGAUGGCCUCAAAAGCCUUGUUUUAAAAACUAGUUGUUCAACAAAUAAGUCAGUGGUUUAGUGUUAAUGUGCUGUAGACUGCAUCAAUAGGAACUGUUCAACAUGCAUAUGUAUCAUUGUUUCCACUUUCCACUUGGGUGCCAUAUUGGAGAAACAUUUUGCAUUGUUCUAUUCAUCUAAUGAUAUAACCAAAGUGGUGUUACAAAGCCUGCUGAACAUUCAGUGUUUUUGAGCUCCAACUGGCUAGUUCACUUAGGUGAGGCUGGGAGUGAGAGUUAAAAACCCUGUGUGAUUGAAGUGGUCUUGUGUUUACAUUUUCUCCCCAAUUAACCAUUCAUUUUCAGAAUGUUGAAGUCCCUGUAGACACUGGUUGUGAAUUUUAUAUGUUGUAUUUAGAAAUGUGCUGUACUCUGUGAUUUGAAUGUUUUUAAACUUCAGGAGAAGUCUUCUUUUGUUUUUGUUUUGUUUUGUUUUGCCACUGAGAAGAACAAACCAACCCUAUUCCAGAAAUCAAGACCUCAGUGGAACCUGGGAAGGAUGGGCUGUAUUUUUCUGAAUUAUAGACAUAGGUUUGAUUUUAUGUGCAGCCCUUUCAAAAAAAAAAAGUGCCAUCAAGCUUCAAAGCUUAUUUAAGAGAACAAUUCAGCUUUCUAGGUCUAUAAGCAUUUAUUAAGUCCCUGCUGUAUGCGUGAGACAUUUCUAUUACACCAAUUUUGGCAGAACUGCAAUGCCAAAUCAGCCUAGCUUAUUUUUCAUUUGUAAGGGAGCAUCUCCCUUAUCUGCCAAAAUGAGUCUGAUAAUAAUCAUAAUCAUCAUAAUAAUAGUAAUCCUUAAACUAGUUUUUAAAAUGAAACUACAUAAAGCCUUUCAUCUUUGGCUUGAAAAGUAAAUGCUUAGACAUUUCUAUGGAGGCGGGGGAGGCAACUGUCCCACCCGAGGACAUAUAAUACACAGACUUAGAUAUUUCCUGAUUUUCUCUUUUUUAGCUUUCUAACUUCCCAGUUCACAUUUGUUAAUUAAAAAAAAGUUUGGCCUUUAUUAAAUAAAACUCAGGUAAACAAGUAGCUUGGCUUUCCUAAGGCCACUUUAGUCAUCUUUGGGGUCUAUUUAUGCCCCCAUUUUCAGCAUUUUUAAAGUGCUCUUGUUAGAAGUGAAUAAUAAAUUGUAUUUCCUCUCAGUAGGACCUAUAAGAGGCUACCUAUGUAAAUAUACAGGCACCCUAUCUUUUCAGCUGUUCAAACCUCCUUGAUCCUCAAAAUGGCAAAACAUUUUUAUGAUAUAGAGUAGUGCUUUAAGAGGAGACAUUCCUUUCAUUGAUGAACUGAUUAGAAUGGCACACAGGCUGCAUUUCUAAGUGAAGCCUGUCUGUGAAUUGGCUCACCAUUGGCUCUGCAGAAAUUUGGUGUUCUUAAUCCCAUGGACUCUGACUACAAGAUUUGCGGGGAUAAUUAGUAAAGCUCUUCACUCACAUAAACACGAUUUUCACACCUGUUAUCCAUGGCACAGUUCCUUGCCCAUUAACUCACCUAUGGUGCUAAUCUAAACUUGUCCUCACAAUUCAUGCUAUUAUACACUCAUUCUAAAGGGAAAAAAUGUUAUAAAUAUCUCCUCUGCUAAUUCCUAGAUAGGAAGUGUGGUUUAAUGGAAAGAACCCUGGCUGUGCUGUUAGAGAACUUGCAUUCAAAUGAUGCCUCUGGCUUUAAUGCCUGGACAUCCUGGGACAAAUCAUUUCAGCUCCCUUGGUCUCAGUAACAUCAUCUGGAACAUAUGGGGAUUGCACUAGAGGUUCUUGGAGGUCAUGACAACCCAGUGCUAGAUCUAUGAACUAUGAACAUAGAGGGCCAGCUUUGGAGCAAGGAAGAUCUUCAUUCAAGUCCUUCCUUUGCCCCAGCUUGGCAGCUACAGGCAAGCCACUUCAACAUCUCAGUGCCUCCAGGAAACUCUAAGAUGAUAAAUUAAGAUUAGUUGCUGAUAGGUGCCUGUGGGUGGGGAGGGACGUCUCCACACUGAGUCUGACCAGAAAAAGAUCCCAAAAAAGUGACCUUUUUUCAUACCUCUUGUGUUGGGGCCCUAGCUAACCUGAGGGGAGGGGGUAUGAAAUAUCCAAGAAGGCUUAGCUCAGAAAAGAGAUGCCCACAGAGAGACAUCAUAGCUGCCUUCAAGAAUUUGAAGGACUGUCAUUCAAGAGAGAUUAGACCAAUUCUACCUGACCCCAAAGGACAGGACUAGGGGCAAUGGGUAGAAGCUGCUUGGGGACAAAUUUAGGUUUUGUGUAAGUAAGGAAAAAACUUUCCCACAAUCAGGUCUCCAAAACCAUAAUGGGUCACCUCAAUAAGUAGUGAGUGAGUGGACUUCUCCUCCUUCGUGGAAGACCACUUGUUGGGAAUGGUGUCAAGGCGAGAGUCUUGUUCAUAGAUUAAAUGGCCUCUAGGGACCCUUAGGGCAGCAAGAGUCUAUGACUAAGUCUGUGGAUUUCUUGGGAUGAGACAAAUGUAAAAGGACCAUUUGGCCCUUGUCUUACCCUUAGGAUUUGUCAUUAUUACUAAUAUGAAAGAAUCAGAAAUAGCUUGACUGAUUUAUGGAUGUCCUUUUAGCAACACUUUCUUCCACCACCUAAAAAAGUUCACCAGAUAAGUAUUACUAUACUUCACUUGCCAAAAUUUAAGGUAAGGAAAUACAGUCUUUUAAAUAACUUCCUUCCAUGGAAAUGAUCUCUCCUAAAUAGAUCUCCCUAUUACCCAUCAAGCACUCAUUCAAUUCAACAACCAUUUAUUAACAAGCACUACGCAUCAGAUACUGUACAAGGCAAAAAUAAGACAAGAAUGAAACAUUCGCUGACCUCAAGGAGCUUACAUUCUACUGAAAUGAAGUGACCACUAAGGAUCUACUGAUAUGAACCAACUAAACCAUACAUCAUUGCAAAGAAUUUUACCAGUACUCCAAAGUUGUUAACAGAAUGUAUUUCAGCAUAAAUGCAUACUUUUUGAGGCCCCAUUUAAAGUUCAUUAUGAUCUUAUCAAUGGUAAAAUUUGACCUCUCAGAUUAACGAUCCAUAAUGGGAUUGCCAAAUUAACAGUAUCCCGGAGGACCUACAGUCCUUGGUACUGAGAAUUACUUUCCACUCAGAGAAACUAGGGAAGAACUGUUGAGCAACCAUAGACUGAAUCUCCCUUUGGUUCUUCUGGACUGGAUAAAGCUCACUGGUGGAAGGUGAGUACCUCUUUAGGUUGUGAGCUCCUUGAGGGCAGGGACUGUCUUCUGCAUCUUUUUAUCCCCAGCACUUAGCACAGUGCCUGACAUAUAGUAGGUGCUUCAUAAAUAUUUACUGACUAACUGACUCUGGAAACUUAAGCAUACCAUAUUUGCCCAGCAUCAUUAUCCCUUUUCCCUAAUAGUUCUUAGGCACCAAGUGUCUACUAGCCCUUGGUCUUCCCAGUAAAGUUUAUCAAUGAUAAUGCUUGGAAGUAAAAACAUAUUUUAUGACUUUUAUGGCAAAUUUCUGUAAAAGAAUAGAGAUAGUGUGGUCUUGGUUUUAUUUGACUGGCAACUAUUUGAUAAGUAACAUCCUAUGAAUCCUCCUGCUUCCUCUAUAUCCAUCUUUUCCCACUCAAUCUCUCCUUGAAGGGGAUAUUUUUGUUGUUGAAGUGCUAUAUUGGGUGAGCUCUAUCUUUCUUUGCAUUCUCCAGACAUCAGUGUGUGUUCAUAUUGUCAAAUUCUAAAAAGAUCUCUAAGACUGUCAAGAAAAGUUGGAAAGUUGACACGAUGGAGAAACAUCUUAAACCUAUGGCAAAAAGUGUCUUAAUAUCAUUGGCCGUGUUGUAUUAUAUUGCAGUACAGUUCCAACAACG